AUGAAACAAAAAGGGCAUGAAGACCACGAGAUACACGAAAAAAUAAAUGAAUUUCAUGAGACUUCGCCCGAGGAAAUUAAGGUAACUGCAAAAGGAAUUCUCAAAAGAGGAUGUGAGUCUGUAUUUAAACGCUUAUUCGGAGAAUAUAUUGCCGAGGAAAUUAUCCAAGCACGUGAACAGGGAGCUUCUACUGCCGAACUUGACGAGAAAAUAAACACAGCUUUAGGGCAUAUUAAAAAUGCGAAGAAGAGGAAAGAGGCGACUCGAUUCGCUGCUACAUGCCGUCGAAUAUUUACUAUGAUUGAGCGACGUCGCAGAGAUGUAUUAUCCACCACAAAUGAAGACUUGAGACUAUAAUUAAUGCCUUUAAACAGAAAUACCACACCCUGA